AUGGCUAAAACAAAGGAGCGAAGAAGUAAACAGACCGUAUUCAGGAAAGAAUUUGCAUUCCCGUUGACAGUUAAUGGAUUUUCGGUAUUGUUUGUACGAAGUGCAGCAUCGCAAAACAGUAAUGAAAUUCAGAGGGGCACAUAUCCCUCUAUGGUUUUCAUAUAUUACCCAGAUGAUUCUGUAGUGGAUCAAAACGGGGUGAGGGUUACACGAGCUGGUACUUUAUUAAAACCGAAUUGGCUAAUUACAUCUUCUCUGGAAACUGAUGAUGUUCCUCUGGCGUUUCCAAAGAAGACAUUGAUAGCAAGACUCGGCAGCAUUUCUAUCGACAAGAACUUUACAAUAAACGAAGAUGAGGGGGAACAAGAGAGUGAGGUUAUCCAAAUUAUUCGGCCACACAACUUCAGCGCUAUCGAGUGGUGGUACAGCGACAUAUCUUUAUUAAAAACCUUGAUACCCUUUAAUAAGACCGAAACUGUUGGAACUACAUCUAUAAUGGCAGAGAAACUUAAAGUUGCUGAGAAAGAGUGCUUCAUACUGGUUUACGCUAUGAGAGCUUCAAAUCUGACACAAGACAGAAUACUAAUGGAGAUACCUGUAGAUAUCGUUUCGCCGCCUUCUAAUACUUGCGGCAGCCGUUUUAGAGAAAGUACUAUGAUAUGUGCUCAGGAUAUUGACGAGAAGAAAAAUGUUUCUUAUGAUCCCAACUUUUGUGUUGGUAACGGUGGAGGACCCCUCAUCUGCGAAAAAGACAUAUACGGAUUGCAGACAUACAGCGAUGGUUGCAAAGAACCAUAUCUAUACCAACUGUUUACGCUUUGGUCCAGUUUUAUAUCGUGCGGCAUUCAAGACAUAUGUAAUGAAAAACAAUGUGAGGCAGUAUGCACCGUAAUACAUAAAGAUUCUGAGUAUAGAAUGAUGCUGAACGAAGUAAAAACUGAGACUACGGCAAUGUCAGCUAAAUAUAUCGAAUCUGAUGAUAGUUCUGAAGAACCUAGUCCGGAAGGGCCUACGGCGACUACUGUAAAACAAGAUGAAGCUGCGACUACAGUUCCAACUGUUGCAAUUCCAGCAGCAGACAGUAGCUUGGAUACUGAAGUGACAGCUGAAUCUCAAUCAACUGAGGCGUCAACAACCAAAUCAGACAAAGACAAUGGAAGACGGUCUAAUGUGGAAGCUCAGCAACAACCGAUAAAGAAAAAGAGUGCAGCUUCUCCUCUUGUGCCGUUCUCAAUGUAUUUACCGAUGUUUGCUUGGAUGCUUUGUUUUGUUUAA